AUGGCAAUUGUUUCGCCUUUGAACUCGAACUCAGAUGGACUAUUUCAUGCUUUCACAGACAAUGCAUCUGAAGAUACUGUAGCAAAGAAAAGUGUGAAACUGCGCAAAUGUACGCUAAUCAGUUGGGCAAUUAUAAUUCUUCUUGUCAGCAUUGUUUUCAUAACAACCAUUGCUCUCCUCCUUGUUUGGAAUGCUAAAUGUCAAGCAAAGAUAACAGCAAUUGAAAAACGCGAUACAUAUUGUGAUCUGGGAGUAUGCAAUAACAAAUUUCGAGUUCCUCCUUUGAUUGUAAUCAGCUUGGAUGGAUUUCGAAGCAGCUACUUAUCACAAAACAUCACUCCAGCGAUUCAACGUCUUAUUAGUUGUGGUACUCACAGCAAAUAUCUACUCCCGUCAUUCCCUUCCAAAACAUUCCCUAAUCACUACACUAUUGCAACGGGACUGUACCCCGCAUGGAGCGGAAUUGUUGAUAAUCAAUUUUAUGACCCGAAUUUCAAUGAGUUUUUCAAAAAAAAUGUGACUAGAAGCGGUUGGUUUUUGGGAGAACCGAUAUGGUCAACUGUGAAAAGAGCUGGUCUGAAGUCAGGUGUAUAUUUUUGGCCUGGAAGUGAAGGCAUCGUUUUAGAUAAUUUACCGACGUAUUGGAAGACUUACAAUUUUACAGUGCCAUUCACACAACGUAUUGAUUCGGCAAUAGAAUGGCUGAAAUUGCCGGAAGGUGAACGGCCAUCACUGGUGCAAAUUUAUUUUGAGCAACCGGAUGUUGCGGGCCAUUCUGGGGGACCUGAAUCUGAAGAGGUUCGAACAGCUAUGAUUUUGAUGGAUGGAAUGAUAAAUUAUUUGACAAAGAAAUUGAUCAGAGAGGGCCUUAUGGGUUGUGUCAAUCUGAUCUUACUUUCAGAUCAUGGAAUGCAGAAGAUUGUGAAGUCUAGAUCAGUUGUUACUGGAAAUAACUUAAGUUCUAAGUUUAAUGAUAUGUUUUUUCCUGGAGUGGUAGCUCGAAUACAAGUCAACGAGAAUGGUAAUAAAGAUGUUGAUGAAAUGAUUUCUAAUAUGGCUUGUAAACGUGGUACUGAUUAUUUAAUCUACAAGAAAGACUUGGUACCAAUUAGGUUUCACUAUGCGGGGUCAGCUAGGAUAGGUGAUGUUAUCUUCAAAGGUCGUCCAGAAGUUUGCGUUUUCCUAACAGAUCAGCAAAAGAAUGAUUACAAACUACUCGGUGAUCAUGGCUAUGAUAAUCGAAUUGUAAGUAUGCGUGCGAUUUUUGUUGCUAUUGGUCCGGACAUCGCGGAAAAGCGGGAAAUCGAUGAUUUUCAGAACAUAGAAUUAUAUAAUUUAUUUGCUUAUUUAUUGCGCAUAGACGCAGCGCCAAAUAAUGGAACCAAUGGUACUUUAUUUAGUGUGCUGAGGAAUCCGCCACCUAUUCCAGAAACUAUUUCAAGCGAGCCAUCACUUCAGUGUACUAAACUCUCAAGCCUAACAAAGUGCAAUACCUCACUUGAUUGUUCGCGAAUUACCGAUGUAUAUAGAAAUUGUUCUCAAGUUAUGCAAAGUUCGGUUGGCUUUACGGAAGACUUCAUAGGAGAACAUUGCAAUUUGCCAUUCUGUGAUGCACUCAUACAUUUCAAUCAGGAAUCGCAACAGACAGUUAUGGUAGAAGGCAUUCUGCGAAAGUCUACGUGGAGACUUGAACCCAAGAAAACUUGCAUGACAUAUUUUGAUGAAAUUCCUUCAAUUCAUUCCUGCGAAACAGCGCGGAGUGAAAACUUCACAUCAAUUUCUUUGUUUGCAAAUAUUGGUUUGCGUUUUCCAUUCGGCUACUAUUUAUCCAGUUAUGGUGAUUUAUUAUUUUUUUCUGGUCCAAUUUAUGAUAAGGAUGGAGAUGGCGUACGUGAUGAGAUAGACAUACGUGAGAGCCACGAUUUCAUUAGCACGGCACAACCAUCACAUAUAUUUUUUGUGCUUAUGCGAUGCAGAAAUGGUCAACUGAUUGCUGCUAAUAACUUAUGCAAAGAUAUCAUUUCCCUUCCAUACAUAUUACCCAUUCACGGAGAAAAUUUAAAUUGUUUGAAGCCUUCAGAGUAUCUGAAUGAUAAUACAGUUCGCCUUCGUGACAUCGAACUGCUAACUGGAACACAGUUUUUCACCGAUCGCAAUAUUUGGUCAGCUGCAGAAGCGAUUCAAUUGCGAACUUCACUACCUGAAAUCACAUACUGA